AUGGCCAGUUCUGUUUCCCAGGUGUGUCAGAACUUCCAUGCUGACUGUGAGGCUGCUGUGAACCGCAUGGUGAAUAUGGAGCUGUAUGCCAGCUAUGUCUACCUGUCUAUGUCCUACUACUUUGACCGUGAUGAUGUAGCCCUUAGGCACAUAGCAAAGUUCCUGAAGGAGCAGUCCUAUGAGGAGAGGGAGCAUGCAGAGAAGUUCCUGACCUACCAGAACAAGCGAGGGGGACAAGUGAUCUUUCAGGAUAUCAAGAAACCAGAGCGGGAUGAGUGGGGAAACAGCCUGGAGGCCCUGCAAUGUGCCCUGCAGCUGGAGAAGACUGUGAACCAGGCGCUACUGGACCUGCACAAGCUGGCUACUGAGAAGAGUGACCCCCAUCUCUGUGACUUCCUGGAGUCUGAGUACCUGGAGGAGCAGGUGAAGGCCAUCAAGCAGCUGGGAGACCAUGUCACCAACCUGAAGCGCCUGGGAGUGCCCCAGAAUGGCAUGGGAGAGUACCUGUUUGACAAGCUCACCCUGGGGGAGAGCAGCUGA